AUGAACCAGAAUGAAAUAGUCAACUAUCCCACAGAGUUUUUAAAUUCAUUGGAACUGCCUGGAAUACCACCUCACAAUUUGCAGUUAAGAGUAGGAUCGGUUGUCAUCAUGCUGCGUAACAUUAAUCAACCUCGACUAUGCAAUGAAACAAGAUUGGCUGAGAAAAAGCUGAUGAACGUCAUUGAGGCAAAUAUCAUAAGAGGAAAAUACAAAGGAAAGGAUGUCUUGAUCCCGCGAAUACCGAUGAUUUCAACGGAUUUACCAUUCGAUAUUAAACGCUUACAAUUUCCAGUACGUCUGGCCUUCGCGAUGACAAUAAAUAAAUCCCAAGGACAGUCUUUAGAAGUUUGCGGAAUCAACUUGGAGUUCCCCUCUUUGGCGAAUUGA